AUGGCCGAGUCCAAGGCUGUUGACGAUUUGCUCCUCGGUGAUGGCUUCUCCAUUGUCGAUAGUACGAAAGGGGACGCUCCCGAAUCCGAAUCCAAAAAGCGAUCAUCGAAGGACAAAGACAAGGAGAAGAAGCCCGAAGUGAAGAAAGAAAAAUCCGAGGAGAAGAAACCAAAGGAAGAGCCCCCGAAGGAUGACACCAAAGUCAACGGACACGACACCAAAAGUGACGCCCUCCUCAUCACAACGGAGGAAGAUUUGGACAUGACCGAGAAGGACAAGAAGAGCGAAGCCGAAACCAAAGACGAAGACUCCAAGCCGAAGAAAGACUCCGAAAGCGGCAGCAAAGAGAAGGACAAACCAGUCGAUAAGAAGAAACAAGGCGACCUCUGGGUCUCCAACAUCACCCGGCAUGUCAAGGCCACCGACUUGAAGAAACACUUCUCCCGCCAUGGCAAGGUCCUAACCGCCAAAAUCGUCACCAACGGCAAGUCCUUCUUCGGCUACAUUCUCAUGGAGACGUCCGACAUCGCCAACAAGUGUGUGCGGAGUCUCCACGGCUCGACCCUCGACGGCCGCAAACUCACCGUGAGCCGUCAGAGACCCGACCAGAGGAGACCCAUGACCGAGCGCAAGCCCACAGUCAAGUCCAGCAAGACCGAGCGCAAAACCGAAAAAAAGUCCGACGAGAAGAAAACCGACAAGAAAGACGACGCCUUGGCUGCGGCGAAACGCACGGAAGACCGACUUCGCCGCGAAAUCGACUUCCACAAGCGCGAAAUCACACGACUAAAGCGCUACCUCACCGACGAACAACGACGCUUGCGAAUCGAACAACAGAAGAAUCGUUCGCUGGGUCGGGAACUGCAAGAAGCCGAAGCCAAACUCCGCGACGAACGCAGAAAAAUGGACCGCGAACGCGAACUGUUCGAGAAGAACCAACGCACCGACCGGGUCAAGCUCGAAAACGACCGCUCCAUGAUCAAGAAGGAGCUGGAAGAAGUGAAGAAACUCCGCGAGUAUCUCAAGCGCAAGCUGGAGGAAGAGGCGCGUCCGGUGGACCGGCGGCCGCGGGCUUCGUCACCGUACGCCUACUCGUCGAAGAGGUUCCGGGAGUCGUCGGGCGGCGACUCCAAGUCCAAGUACGUGGAGGAGCGGACGAGGACGCCGCCGUCGCCCCCGAAGCUCUCCUCCAGGUCCAAACGCUCGCCGGUCAAUUCCUUCGUGGAGAAGGAUCGAAGGCCGCAUCAUUAUAGCAUGUCCGAGAGGGAGGAAGUCCGCUCGUUGGUGAUUCCGGCCAAGCCGUCGGCACCGGCCGCCCCCAGGAAUAUAUGGCCGUCGUUCCACCAGGAAGUUUGGAGGGUGCCUCCGGGGACGGCGACCAGUUCGCCGUUUUCAGGCCAGUCGUAUAGCAGACAGUCCGAGUAUAGUAGCUCCACGUCGAAGGGGCCAAGUUAUUCGUCGUCGCAGAGGGAGUUCAGCAAACGCGAUCAUUAUACGAGCAGUUCAGUUAGGAAGUAUUAA